CAACAAUUCACAUGUACAGAUUUGUAUGUGCUUCAAGCUCUCUGCACAUUCUUCAAUUCAGACUGAAAUCAUUUGACAGAAAAGGAUAAAUAAUGGCAACUACAAGCAACAAAGAGUUUCAUCUUAUUGUCCCUAAAGCUCAGAGUGUUGAGGUGAAUCUGGGGUCAUCUGUCAGCGUUCAGUGUCUCCUGUCUCCUGAAAUCAGUGCUGUUGACCUCGAGAUCAGAUGGUUUAAGGAGACAGAGUGUGUGUGUCUCUAUAAGAACAGAGAAGUGACUGAAGGAAGGAGUUAUGAGGGCAGAACAGGUCUGUCCACUGAUGAGCUGAAGAGAGGAAACGUGUCCUUAAACCUGAGAGAUUUCAGAGAAUCAGACAUGGGUGUUUACCUGUGUCAGGUCAUCAGUGAAGACAGAACUGAGGAGAAAACUGUAGAAGUGGGAAGAGCAAAGAAAGAUUCUGAUGCCCAACCUGUAAAUCAAACAUCAAAGAUUCAAGACACACAAGUCCAUCUGACACUGCAAGAGUCAAAUACAACAUAUGGGGAGACUCAGAGAAUGAAAAUGGAGGAAUCUGCUUUAAUUACAGAACUUCAAGUGAAUUAUGCGAAGCUACUCCACCAAACGAUGUUUAAGGUGUUCAAAAACCAGGGGGAAAAACUGGAACAAACUGGACUACAGUUAAAAACAUCCAAGAAGGAUUUGGAAAGAGUCUCACAACAGCUAGAAACCAUCACAGAAAAGUUUGGUCUACAAAAUAAAAACGACCUUGAUAUGAAAGAGUCACGAAUAGAAAAACACCUGCAACAAAUAACUAAGUUUGUUGAAGAGAAACAGAUUCAGCUUAAAGAGAAAGACACACAACUGGAAAAUAUGAGCAAACAGAUGAGUGAGAAAGAAAAACUACUGGAGGACACAAUGAAAGAGAUGAAAACCAGCAAACAACAACUAGAGGCACUGACACAGGAGCAAAGCAAUCUUAAGGAAAAGCUGGAGAAGAAUGAACAUUUGAGAAUUUCAGAGUUGAGUGAAAAAUCCAAAUGUCUUGAAGAAACUAAAUCUCUUCUAGAAGAGAGAGAUGCAAAAAUUAAAGAUCUGGAGAAAGAAAAAGAGAGACUUGAUGGAGAACUUCAAGAUAAGGACAAACGUCUCAAUGAAAUCAAUGCCAAACUGAUACAAACAGUGAGAGAUGUUGAAAAGAAACAGAAUCAGCUUCAGGGAAGACACGUGCAACUGGAGAAUAUGCACAAAAUGUUGAAUGAAAAAACGAGACACCCAGAGAACAAAGGGAGAGAGCAAGGAAAAUAAAAGCAUACGGGCAAUUCCAGCGUUAUGGAUGCGACAUUUCUAGUAAAAACUCAAAACACCCGGACGAAACCCACGCGAACGCAGGGAGAACAUGCAAACUCUACACAGAAACGCCAACUGACCUAGCCGAGGCUUGAACCAGCAACCUUCUUGCUGUGAGGCAACAGCACUACCUACUGCACCAAUGUGUCGCCCAUAAUAUAAUAUAAUAUAAUAUAAUAUAAUAUAAUAUAAUAUAAUCAGGGCUUUACAAGGCUGAAACUCAUUUUUAAAUUGCUUUCAUUUUUAAGUUAUUUACUGUAUACAUCAUACUUUGUAGAAAUUCUGUGAAUUAAAAUGCACAACCCAAAAAGAAACAAUCCUAAUCAAAAGGAUAAGAGUUGGCUCACUCUAGAACUAAAAUUAUUGAUUUUAUUUUAUUUGACUUCUUGUAUGUAUGAGGGAAAGGCUUGGUUAUGGAUGCAACUCCUCUCCCUUAUGGAUGUGAUAGAUGUGAAAUUUCCACUUGUGUGACUUUGGUAAAUCAAAAUAUAAUAGUUUGAAACACUGACAGAGAUAUUUUUGAGUAUUUUUACAGUACUGUAAAAUGCUUGUUUACACAAAAAAAAUGUAGAAACGGUUUCCCUAUUUUGGUGAAAACUUUUUUUUUCCAUGGCAAGGUUGAUAUUUGCAUGGAAUUGCUCAUACAUCUGAAAAAAUAACAGCUGAUGUGUUAUCAUUAAAGUGAAAAUCAUUAAAGCAAUAAAAUACUGGGGUUUUUUAUGCACAUGCAUAUUUAGACAUGCAUUUAAAUAUCUCCAAAAUAUGUCAUAAAAUUAAUUAAAACAAACAAACAAAAAUGCCUCAGUUUUAUUUAAUUUGAACAUGUGCCAUAAUAGGGCAGACAGAAUCUGUGGACAUUUUUUGCUAUUUCACAUAUUAAGUUUUUAGUCAUGACAUUUCUAAAAGCAGUCUGCAUAAAUCCGCAAUUAGAUCCACUUAUUUGGUAAACAAAGCAAGUCUCUGAUAUAAUAUAUCUACUCAAAGACAGAAAAUCAUAUGAACAUUUUCAUAUUAGUCAAUAAUAUUACUGAAAUUAUUUAAAAAACUGAAUAAAUAUAAGUUUACACAAUAGUAAAUAAAUAGACUCAAUGAUGGGCUAAAAAUCUGUGGAAGAUUUCUGCACAUGCUGAUUUCGUGUGGGCCUACCCAUAACAUAACACAUAUUGAUUGUUUGUAUUCACAAGUCAUGCUGGUUACUAGUGCAUGAAUUAAGUAAUUUGUUUUAAUGAAAGACCUGAAAACGAGUUUACUCAUCUUGUAGAAAGUUAUUAUUCAGAUACUCAGUUUUCUUUAUUUUAAUGACUUUUAUACAAUUCAAAUUAUACCUACAUUUCAGUUGUGGGUUUUAAUGAUAUUCUAUCGGGUGCCUUCUGAAAUGU